AUGGAUAAAAGGUUGAGUAAAGUUGAAAGGGAUGUGGAUUUGCAUGAUUAUAAUGAUGAUGAUAUGGUUGUUAAUGACACUCCACCAAACUCUCCAUGUGAUAAUCCUCCUCCACCUCCAUCAACAAAUCUUCCUCCACCACCUCCUCCGCUAUCUCAUCCUCCUCCAAGAGCUCCUUCACCACCUCCUGACUCUUAUCCUGAAUCUGAUCCUGCCAAAAAGGGGGAGAAUAAUGAAAGGGAUGUUGAUACAAAAACUGAUCAGCCCAUUCCAAACACUAGGGAGAUUUCACAAGAGCAAGCAUUCCUUCUUAAGGGGGCUCAUGACGUUGAAGCUGGAAGCUCUUCUGCUACUGCUAGUGAUCCCUCAACACCUCCUCCUAAAAAGAAAAACAAGCUCAUCUUUAGUCUAAAUGAGUUAGCAGAAACAUGGAGGUUACCUACUGAGGAAGUUAAAGAAAUUAUGUCAGAGUAUAAUGUCACUUCUCGACAAAAGAAAGUAGCAAGAAAAGAAGAAUGUAUAUCUAUCAAACUUUCUCAAGCUCCUGCUUUCGAUGAUAAGAGUGCUAAUGUUCAAAGAACCGAUAAUUAG